UCAUCACCCAGCUGCUUGAGCAAACCCAGCAAGCUUACUCACUUGCCAAGUUCCUUUCCAACCCAAGAAAACGAGGUAGCAACCAUGGUGCUUCGCAUGCAAAGCCUCACCCCUCCUCGUCGCGUGUCGGUGGACGGCCCAAUCAUCGUCGGCGCAGGCCCUUCCGGGCUGGCCGUUGCGGCCAGCCUCGGCGAGGAGGGCAUGCCAUUCCUCAUGGUGGAGCGCGAGGACUGCAUCGCCUCGCUUUGGCAGAAGCGCACCUACGACCGCGUCAAGCUGCACCUCCCCAAGCACUUCUGCGAGCUCCCUCGCAUGCCCUUCCCCGACCACUACCCGGAGUACCCCACCCGCCGCCAGUUCAUCGACUACCUCGUCGACUACGCCACCAAGUUCGACAUCAAGCCGGAGUUCAACACCACCGUGCUGUCCGCGCAUUAUGACAACACCUCUGGCCUCUGGCACGCGCAAGCCACCAGCACAGGUGGUGACCAGAUGGAGUACAUCGGCCGCUGGCUCGUGGUCGCCACCGGCGAGAACGCCGUCAACGUUGUCCCGGACAUUCCCGGCCUCGGCGGCUUCUGCGGCGAGGUCACCCACGUCAGCCACUACAAGUCCGGCGAGCCCUACCACGGGAAGCGCGUGCUCGUCGUUGGAUGCGGGAACUCUGGCAUGGAGGUCUCCCUCGACCUCUGCGACAACGGCGCCCACCCCUUCAUGGUGGUGCGCGACGCCAUGCACGUCAUUCCGCGGGAGGUGCUCGGCAAGUCCACUUUCGAGCUCGCCAUGCUGCUCUUGGCGUGGCUACCUCUCUGGCUCGUGGAUAAGAUCAUGAUCUUCCUCGCCUGGCUCGUCCUCGGCGACCUCGACAAGCUCGGCAUCCACCGGCCGGCUGUCGGCCCACUCACGCUCAAGCACACGCUCGGCCGCGCCCCGGUGCUCGACACCGGCGCGCUGGCCAGGAUCAGGUGCGGCCAAAUCACCGUCGUCCCCGGCAUCACCCGCUUCACGAACUCCGACGCCGUGCUCUCCGAUGGCACCACCGUUCAUGUUGACGCUGUCAUCCUCGCCACCGGCUACAGAAGCAAUGUGCCGCAGUGGCUCCGGGCAACGGACUUCUUCGGCAAGGACGGCUACCCCAAGACGGAGUUCCCAAACGGCUGGAAGGGCCAGUUUGGGCUCUACUCCGUCGGCUUCGCACGUCGCGGACUCUCCGGUGCCGCCGCUGAUGCCGUGCACAUCGCCAAGGACCUCUGCCAGGUCUGGAAGGAGGAGUCAAGGCCCACAAAGAAGGCCGGCCGGCCGUGUUAUAGGAGAUCUAUCUCCGUCGUCUUGUAAUCUCUCUUCUGACAGUAAUUUGUGAAUAGCUUUAGCUAGCGCGCGCGCCCUGUUUGCGUUGCUUCAUCGUGUAAAACUUGUGCAUCCCUAAGACAGAAAGAAUUUUAAGAUAUUUGAAUUAA